UCAGUGUUUUAAGUCGAACCACAACACACGUCACUUUAUUUAAUUCCAUUUUAAUCGUGUAAAACAAUCAGAACUAAAGAAAAUUAAAAAUUUAAAUUGUUCAUUCCAUCAUGGAAGCGGAGUAUGAUUCUUUCGAGACCCUGGAACCGAGCUUGAAAAAUAUUAUCGAUCAAACGACAUUGAAAUGGGUAUUUGUCGGAGGAAAGGGUGGUGUAGGGAAAACAACUUGCAGUUGCAGUUUGGCCGUACAACUAGCCAAAGUACGUGAAUCUGUGUUGAUUAUCUCAACCGAUCCAGCGCACAACAUUUCCGAUGCAUUCGAUCAAAAAUUUACGAAGGUUCCGACCAAGGUUAAAGGAUUCGACAACCUUUUUGCAAUGGAAAUCGAUCCGAACGCUGGCCUCAAUGAGCUUCCUGACGAAUACUUUGAGGGCGAAGACGAAGCCCUGAAACUGAGCAAAGGCGUCAUGCAUGAUAUAAUGAACGCACUGCCUGGAAUUGAUGAAGCUAUGAGCUACGCUGAAGUGAUGAAAUUAGUUAAGGCAAUGAAUUUUUCCACAGUUGUGUUUGAUACUGCUCCUACUGGACACACCUUGAGGUUAUUGUCGUUUCCUCAUGUAGUCGAAAAAGGAUUAGGUCGACUCCUUCGUUUAAAAAUGAAAAUCGCACCCCUUCUGACGCAAUUAGGAUCGUUAUUCGGGGUGCAAGAUUUCAAUGCCGAUACUUUAUCCGCCAAACUGGAAGAUAUGCUGACAAUCAUUCGACAAGUCAACGAACAGUUUAAAAAUCCUAAUCAAACUACUUUCGUCUGCGUUUGCAUAGCUGAAUUUCUAUCACUUUACGAAACUGAGCGUUUGGUUCAAGAAUUGACCAAAUGCGGCAUCGACACACACAAUAUCAUUGUCAAUCAGCUGCUACUGAAAUCGAAAAAUGAAGAGCCAUGCAAUAUGUGCGCGGCUCGUGUUAAGGUGCAGAAUAAGUAUCUGGACCAAAUAGGUGACUUGUACGAAGAUUUUCAUGUUGUCAAACUGCCGCUAAAGGACAAAGAAGUUCGAGGCGCCGAAGCAGUGUCAGCAUUUUCUGAAUAUUUAAUCAAUCCAUUUGUUCCCGAAUAAGGGUGUGUCAAUAUCAUUCAACGCUUCAUUAUUGCUAUUUUAUACAAUCUUUUAUCGGUUUGGGAAUCGCAAUUUUACAGAAAUUUUAAUCAUUUUUCCUACGAUGCAGUCAUGUAAUUUUUAAUUUGUAAUGUCAUUAUUGUCUCGGCAGGAACUGGAUUGGACCCGGUUUACAAUAAUUUACUUUUUUCUUACUAAAUUUCUAAAAUUGAGUUUAUUGACUUAUUUUAAUAAAAUGAUUUAUUUCGAUUUAAAAAUAAAAUCACAAACAAAUGCCGUCUUAAACAAAACAAAAAA